AUGCCCAGGCGGCGGGGCCCUAGGCACGGGGCGGCCUCGUCGUUGCUCUUCUUCCCCAAGGCCCCCUUCUUCCAGGAGGACCCUGGCCCCAUCCGCCAGAUCAGCUGCUGGCGAGGCUGCCUGGCUGCUGCGAAGACCGACGGGACGGUCGCUCUUUGGGUCGGCGCGCAGUUGGGAGGCGGCCGGAGCCCCGCUGGGAUGCCCAGGCACAUUAAGCUGAAAAACAAUGUCAAGGUGAAUUUAGUGGACUGCGAGACAUCUCAUCUGCUCAUUCUCUCAUCGGAAGGAAAACUUUCUGAGCACGGACUUGUUAAGUCAGAGCCAAGACUGCUGAAAGAAUUAGGAAACAAACAAAUUAUUCAAAUCGCAUGUGGCGACCAUCAUUCCAUGGCUCUGUCGAAAGGAGGAGAGCUCUUCAGCUGGGGUCAAAAUGAACAUGGUCAACUUGGCUUGGGAAGAGAGAUAAGCGCUGCCAGGGAGCCACAGCUGGUGCAGGCUCUCGAAGGCAUUCCUCUGGCCAAGAUCGCAGCUGGAGGAUCUCACAGUAUGGCAGUCUCUCUGUCUGGAUCAGUCUACUCUUGGGGAAAGAACACCUUUGGGCAGCUGGGACUUGGACAUACAGAAGACAGGAAUUCCCCCACAUAUGUGAAUGCAUUGGAGCAUAAGAAGACUGUGUUCAUUUCAUGUGGAGGAGAGCACACUGCAGUUCUUUCAAAGGAUGGACUGGUCUGCACUUUUGGAGCUGGCUGCCACGGCCAGCUAGGCCACAACUCCACGCGCAACGAGCUGUUUCCGCGUUUUGUGGCAGAGCUGUUUGGUGUUCGAGUGUCUGAGGUGGCCUGUGGGAGAUGGCACACACUUGUCUAUGUCACAGACCUGGGGAAAGUCUACUCAUUUGGUUCUGGAUCCGAAGGGCAGCUUGGCAAUGGGAGAAAGUGUGACCAGUUGAUACCCCUUCCUGUUGACUUGACUGAGAAGGGCAGGAAAUCCAACCAAGAAGGGAGUGCUUCAGAGGAAAAUAUUAAAAUAAUUGCUGGAGAUAACCAAAGUAUUGUGAUUUCUCUGAAGGAAAAGAAUUCAUGUGCCAGUUUAAACCAGACAGUUGCCAGAAUAGAAGAGGAAGAGAUAGAUAAAUGGGUUUCUGAUUUGGACCCUAAACACUGGCGGAACGUAAGACAGGACAUUAACUUGAUCUUCUCAUCGGUGGCCUGUGUCAAUGGAAGCUUCCUGAACAAGAGUCAAGACAAACAUUUCAGAACAUCUCAGGAGGUUGCAGGUAUAAAUAUGUCUGCUGUGCUUCUUUUCUCUGCUAAGAUUGCAGAAAAGCCUAAAGUCUGCACAGAGGUGCUGAAUGCUGUUAGAAAGCUUGUAGAGUCCCUGCGUUCCUCUGCCACUUCCCCUGAAGCGCUCAGAGUCUUCCUCAUCAUGCCUGUAAUCUUACGGAAGCCGUACCUCCAGUCAGAUACUCUGCUUAGCCAGUUGGCAGGAGUCAUUGUGGGUCUUCAGCCAGAAGGCUGGCAAAUGCUUGAAUCUCUGUGGUCCAACUUAGACUUCCCCUUCUUCAAGGAUGUAGUGGAUGUCUAUCAAAGACUUUCCAGUGUCAAAAUAUCUUGCAUCAUUGAACAGAUGAGAUCUUUUGAGAGGGUAUAUAGACAUGGGGAUGUAGCUUGCCCUCUCCAGAUCCUACAGGUGCUAUAUGAGGUAAAUAGCAGGACUGGUUUCAGGAUCCAGGAAAAAAACUUUUAUGUUCCUGAAGUGAAAAAAAUGCUGCACUUGCCUGUUUUUUUUGCUUUUGAAGUUCUCAUUCCGGUCCCUUGUGUCUUGGAUAUGGAAGCAAAGAUUCUACUGCAUGAUGUAGACCGCUGCAUAGUGUCCCAAAUGCACAUCUUGCUAAACCUUGAUGGUGCAAGCACAGUCACACAACUAAACGUGAGGAGGCAACAUCUGGUGCAAGAUACGUGGGUGUGUAUAAGGAAUAUGCAAGCAGCCCAGUUCCGACCGUUCCUCAUAGUGGAUUUCAUUGGAGAACCUGGAAUUGAUGAUGGAGGGCCGUCCCAAGAGUUCUUUACAAUCCUCGUAAGGGAACUGUGUGCUCCAGAAACACAGAUUUUUCAGCAGUUUGAAGAGUCCCAUCUGAUUUGGUUUUCCAGCCAGGCACCAGCAGAGGAAGACAUAUAUUUUCUGAUUGGGAAUCUAUUUGGAAUGGCGCUCUAUAAUAAGAAGAUUGCUGCCUUCCCUUUCCCUCUCGCUCUGUUCAAGAAGAUGACAAAUGUUCCAGUGACUCUGGAAGAUUUGAAAGAGCUCUCCCCUGUAGAAGGAAGGUGUCUUCAAGCAGUCUUGGAUGAGCAAUACGAUGACAUCUUGGAAAUCAUGAUGCUGGAUUUCACAGUAAUGAAAGAAGAAGGAGGAUCUAAAGUUUCCGUCGAAUUGAAAGACAACGGUGCCAACAUUCCUGUCACUAAGUACAACAGGCAAGAAUACAUUGAUGCAUACGUGAAUUACAUAUUCAACGAUUCCGUCGAGGAGCAGUUUAAGGAUUUCAUGUGUGGGUUUUUAAGAGGCUGCCCAGCUAAAAAUUGGAAAGUCUUCCUUCCUGUUGAGCUCCGGAUUGUUCUACUUGGCCAUACAAAAUACAAUUGGGAACAACUAGAAAAGAAUGCAAAGUAUAAUGGUUAUGAAGAGUCAGAUGAAACAAUCAAGAAUUUUUGGGCCGUGUUUCAUGACCUUCCAGAAGAAAAGAAGAAGGAUUUUCUCGCUUUUCUUACAGGAACGGACCGCAUUCCAAGUCAAGGGAUGGAAAGGUUCGUGUUCACUAUUGAGGAUGCCAGAAAAGAAGAUCCAGACCAGUGGUAUCCUGUAGCCAGGACCUGUUUUCAAACCUUGACCCUUCCAAGAUACAGUAACCAAGAUGUUCUCCGGAAAAUGUUCCUGUUUGCACUAGAGCACUAUGAAAAGUUUGGUCUGUCUUAA